CUGAACUUGAAGUAGCUAUUUGCGUCGUUUUAUUACGGAAACAAAGUGUUUUAACCGAAUUUCUCUUUUAUUGCGUGUGAUGAACUUGGCGGGUAAACGAAUUCCGUGUGAACUGUGGCUGUUAAGUUAUGUGGACAAAGUGUUUUAACCGCGUUUGUAUUUUGAUGUGUGCGAUGAAUUUUGUGAGUGAGGAAGUGCAUAUCGACACAAAUGACGUCCAUCUUGGCAACGACUGCAAGCCAUCAGCAGUGCCCUCACUGCUGGUUCCUGGGAACAGCUGGAGCAACGCACACACGUCUGAAACGACAAAGGACUUCGAUGGGAGGAUGGAUCUCAUUGAAAUACGUCUGAGGAUGUGGAAUAGGAAGAGACAUCUGGGUCAGGGCAGGGUCAUGUAACAAGACCUUGAGUGAACAGGCGGUCUGUAGGUGCGAGCUACGCCAAGUCAAACUAUAAUGAACCUCCUCACACAUGAUUUCUGGACCGUCUGCACAGCAAGUCGACUUGGAACCCGCGCUAGAAAAGUUUCGACUGCAACGUACGAUAAGUCGAAUCACGGGUAUUCAGCGUGUGAUAUUGAUUUAGGGUUCUAUCGUCUGUGUUUGAUGGUGGAUCCCGUGCAUUCCGUUUCCCUUGCACGUGAGACGUCAAUAUGGCAACACAGCGCCGUGGCGCGAGAGCGAGUCUGAGCCGUUGAACAUGAGGCUAACUAGAUCUGUCUAAAUGGGGCUCAGUCCGUUUAGGGGUUGUGCCAUGGUGGCACGGUGAACCCAUCCACGUUGUUUCAAACUCUUUGGCACAUUUAACGGUGAUGAGGAGUGGACAUGGCAAUAAAUUUCUCGGCAUCAUUUGCGGCGUGCUUGGCCGCUGGCCUCAAGGUGCCCAGGCAAAUUAUGUACUGCAUUGCUCAGGAUACGGGGGCACCAUACGUAUUAUAUAAAGACGGAAUGGAUAGGCCUCAAGGGCAGCCUGGACAGUGGGGCCCAGGGGCACCACAGGAUGGGGGUUAUCCCCCGCAAGGAUCAUCAUCAUCCGGGAGUCCCCAGCAUCCAUGUGGUGGUCCUGGUGGAGAAACAGAUGGACCUGGAUCUACAGGGGCCAAUGGAUUACCACCAAGCAGGGACCAACAGCAACAGGGUACAAUGACAUCACCUGUUCCCUCACCCUACGCUCCACCACAGUCAGCACCACCUGAUCCUGUGCAAGCGCCACAACCCCAAGGACCACCUCAUGUACCUGGAGAAGAGGAUCCUUCACAGCAGCAGCAGAUUCAACAACAACAACAUUCUCCUGGCACCCAACCUCAACCCCCCCAGGCCCCUCAACCACAACAACCUCAGCCUCAACCACACAAUGAUGUGGACCAGCAAGACAUGAAACAGGAGGGUGGGAAUACUGACGCCGGGUCCAGCAGUGAGAUGAAGCCGCCGCCGCCGCCACCACCACCACCACCGCCACCUCCGCAACAACCCCAACAGCAGAGACCUCCUCCCCAGUGUUUUCCACCCACAGGUGGUCCUGGUCCAGGUCAGCCAGACAUGCAACAGCACUCGUAUCCAGGCCAACAUUACUUUAAGGACUCACGCAGCCAUCAUGCACCGGUCAUGCCUCCGCACAUGCUGGCUCCUGGUGGCUUCACGGCCCUGCAUUACCUAAAGCAACCUGGUGUAAUGCUCACUUCACUCGGACCCAUGGGUACAGGGGGUGGCGGGGAAGGUGGUGGACACUUGGUGGAUGGGAGCGCUAAUGGACAUCCAUAUGGUGCGGGAGGUACGAACAUGCAGGACAUGAGAACUGCGUCUCUCCCCGACAUCAUUCAACAACAACAGCAGCAGCAACAGGUUGUGGUGGGAAAGGCAGGAAAGGGUGGAGCAAAUGGAGAACUGAGGUUGUUCAAGUGCUUGACGUGCGGAAAGGACUUCAAGCAGAAGUCGACACUACUUCAGCACGAACGAAUUCACACGGAUAGCCGUCCGUACGGGUGCCCUGAAUGCGGGAAACGGUUCCGGCAGCAGUCGCACCUGACACAGCACCUGCGGAUCCACGCGAAUGAGAAGCCAUAUGCGUGCGUGUACUGCGAGCGUACGUUCCGGCAGCGCGCGAUCCUGAACCAGCACCUGCGCAUCCACUCUGGUGAGAAGCCCUAUCAGUGCCCAGAGUGCGGGAAGCACUUCCGCCAGAAGGCCAUCCUCAACCAGCACGUCCGCACACACCAAGAUGUGAGUCCCCAUCUCGUGUUCAAGAAUGGGAUGACACCAACACUGUGGCCACAGGAUGUGCCAUAUCCACCCGACGCAGAAAAGGAUGACGCUGCAUCGACAUUUGGCGGUGGUGAGGAUGGGAGUUCACAGCAAACAGAUCAGCGGGGCAAUGGACAGUGUUUCUCCCCUGACUCCCUCCAGCAAUACCCUGCCUACUUCAAGGAUUCUAAGGGGGCAAACCAUGCAGCUUUUGGGGGUGGGAACUUUGGAGCACUUCAGUACCUAAAGCAGGGUCAGGGUGGAAAGGGUUGCUUGCCUGAUGUGAUACAACAUGGACGAAGUGCAGGUAUGCCCUUGUAUGUGCGCUGUCCAAUCUGCCAGAAGGAAUUCAAGCAGAAGUCAACACUGUUGCAGCACGGCUGUAUACAUAUAGAGUCUCGACCGUACCCGUGCCCAGAAUGUGGGAAGCGUUUCCGACAGCAAUCUCACUUGACGCAACACUUACGCAUACACACCAAUGAAAAACCAUAUGGUUGCGUGUACUGUGGCCGCAAUUUCCGUCAGCGCACCAUAUUGAACCAGCACCUACGCAUUCAUACAGGUGAGAAACCCUACAAGUGUUCGCAGUGCGGUAAGGACUUCCGACAAAAGGCUAUUCUAGAUCAGCACACGCGGACACAUCAAGGCGACCGCCCGUUUUGCUGCCCCAUGCCUAAUUGUCGACGUCGCUUUGCUACAGAACCAGAGGUAAAGAAGCACAUUGAGAAUCACAUGAAUCCUCAUGCAGCUAAGUCUCGUCGCAACAACAAUUUGUCGGAAACAAAACAUCACCCUGUUGGUGCCAUGGGGAGUACGGGAGAUCGCGGACCCUCUCUGCUGUCCCGAGGUAUUCCCCCCACAGCCGUAGUGAAACCAGAACUGUACUUCCCCCAGUGUUAUGCUCCAGCAUUCAAUCAUCAGCCAGCCGUGGGCCCCGGUGCCCAGUUUCCUGGUAAUCCAAAUCCUGCUCCUGGCAAUGGGGAGUUCAAACCUCCCACAGGCCUGCCUGCACAAUGACUAACCGCUGCCUCACUCCGGAACUGAAGUCGUGCUUGGCCCAGUGGAGAGAGAUUGUCGUGUCUCUCACUUGACUUAAUGCCGGUCUUAGACUGGUUUAAUAGUAUGUGAUAGAAAUAAUUUGCCAAGAUUUUAAAUGAAGAAAUAGGAAAAAUGUACAUAUUAUUGAUUGUAAUAUUAUAGUGUCUUGACAUAAGGAGGAAGAGAGAUAGCUGCGUUAUAUAUAAAUAUAUAGAUAACUUUUGUAUUGAUGCCGUAAUAACGCUUGUGCUGAAACUUUUGAAAAAAGAAACAAAAUUGUAGAUAAUACGAAAUACAUAUAUAUAUAUAUAUAUAUAUAUUUUACGUGAUUUUCAUGAGGUGCUGUUGAAGGCAGUGAGCAUAGCAGAUGUCCAUCUGUAGUGUUCAUAUUUUUUGUUUUAACGAGAUGUUGCACAUCAUGGCAAUGAUGUAAGGAGGAAACCUAUCUCGAGGUUCACAUAAACAAGAGGUUUUAAAAUGACAAAUGGUGGCAAUAUACCGUCUUAUCAUAUUAUUAAUAUUAUAAAAACAGUUAAAUGUAGUCUCUUUCUUACUGUUACUUGUUUGAUCUCGUUUUAGCAUCAUUUGCAGAUCUGUUAAAGAGCAUGGUUUUGUACAAGUAUUGUAUGUAGUGCCUAUAGAAGUAUUGUUCUACUCUUGUUUAGAAAAUGAACACGUUGUCCCUGAAAAUAGAUUUUUUACUAUAUUUGGUGUGGAAUGAAACAUUCCUCCCCAUUGUUGCCAUAUGAAGGGAAGAAAAUUAUACAUGCAUUUGAAGUAUGUAAAAUUGACACUUGGAAUGUCUAAAAUAUUCGUGACGAAGGUUAUUUUGUCACGAGAAAAUGUGUGGCCACCACAUACAGGGUCCUGGCUUUAACAGAGGGAAAGUAGCGGUAACUUGUGUAGAUUACUUCUUUAUAGAUCUUUCCGACACAUUAGAAACACUUGCCAUUUAAGCAUGUUUGGAGUGCACUGGAAUGUACAGUGUUUGGUUUUGUGUGUUUAGAAAUUUAGUUUUGCAUUAUUUGUUGAGGAAACACCUCUGCAGCCACUGUCAAUAUUCACAAUUUGUGUGUGUGUGUGUGUGAUUCAGAUGCAUGAAAUGUGUCUAAACACCAGAAAUCUCCAGCACCACCCAAGAUGUUUUUCUUUCAGAUUUGAUAGAUACUUUGAAAAUCUAAGCAACGUAUAAUGUUCUCUUGGGCUACCAGCCAUGUCAGAUGGCUAAAAGGUGAAAGAACCAACGUUUCAAGAACCAUCUCUGCCUUUGUCCUAAGGGGAUUGUUUUUCAAAUUAUUUUUUUGCCUUAACCACCUGACACUGCCAAAUCACAGUGAAAGCUCCAAAAAGCAGUUUCCAAAAAUGAGCAUAGAUCAGUACAGUUAUUUUAUAUAUGGCCUAUUUUUAAGUGCACUUUCUGGUGACCAAAAACGAAGUGGGGUGCAAAGUAAAUUUCAUUUUGCCUUAUAGGUGCAAGUUAAAAUAUUCAGUACUGUGGUCUUCAUUUCAUCAUUCAAUUUAGUUGUCCUUUUGGACUUUUCUAAACAGAAAAGAUGGUCCUUGACAUUAUAAGAUUUCCUUCAUGAUUAUUCUACAUUUGAUGUCUGCAUGUUGUAGUUUGAAAAUUUUGACUACUGUUUAUGUGUAAAUUGUUUAUGGUUGAUUUGGUUAUGAGUUAAUUAGUAUAAAACAUUUUUCUUUGAAUAUCUUGGUAUUUCGCAGUUUCAGUAAUGUACUGAAUGGGAUCGUGAUACAGAAAAAGAAACUUGUACUACUAUUUCAGAGAUAAAUGUACAAUAUAUAUAUAUAUAUAUAUAUGUAUAUGCAGUAAAAUUUCAGAUUAAUGUAUCCAUUCUUUGGCAUAAACAAUUUAGUGAAGAUGAACAGUGCAGAAAUGUGCAUGACCAUUGAAGUAUUUACACCAGAAAUUAUAUUUAGCACUACUGCAGUUCUAACAGAAAUAAGUAGUACAAUUCUUAUCUGUUUAUAACAAUCUUUACAUGAGUGUCGUAACUUUUAAAUGUAACUACAUGUGGUUGUUUAGCAGCAAUUCCAUUCUGAUAGGUAAGUGUGCUGUGAGAGAUUGAAUUUGUUUUAAACCUUCAUCAGUUUUUGUGUAGAUACUUUGUUUGUCAUAUACAUUAAUUUGUGACAUUCUUAUGAAUUUGUACCCGAUUUUUCAUAACAGUCAAAAUUGUCUUGGGAGUUCAUAGGCUGGAUAUAUCUGCUGUGGUUUGUGUGUACGAGAGAAUUAUCCAAUGUAGGCUAUUAGUUUGUGAGUGUUUUUAUCAUAUCUGUUGUUUUACUGGGUGACCAUUGUUGAGUUUUGCAUAAUUAUGUGCAUUGUACAUGAUUAUGCCAGUUUUAUGUUGAUUGUUUAAGGUAUAUUUCAUAUAUGUGACAUUACAAGAAUUAUUAUUUUCAGGCAAUUUGUCAUCAUACUGACAUUUUAUUGUAUUUAAUUAUAUUUCUGGUGAUCUAGUGGUCAGUAUUUUAUCUUAGUACUCAAAAGGUCCCUGGUUUGAUUCUGUCACCACUAGUUUUAAUGAUCUCUCAGUAUGACAACCAAUCUCCUGAAGAUAAUGAAAUUAACUCAAAAUAUUGUGUAUAUAAAAUAUACCUCAGGCAUUGUCACUGUCCAGCAUAAUAUUGGUAUAAUGAAUUAUUGAUUGUUACAAAUGAAGUAUCCCAAUCAUUUGCCGCUUGGAAGAUGUGCCAUACAACAUGGAGAGGUUCCUGGGCAAUUCAUAGUCACAUUAAAUGUACCAGUGAUAGUUUUAUGUUUGAAGAAUGGAUCAGGUAGUAGGAAUAAUAAAAAUUAAAAUGCAGGCAUGAAAGUAUGAUGAAGAUGUAAAUUCAUCCUUAGUUCCUCAACAAAGUGAGUUGGGUUUGCAUUCUGACUUCCUUCUAUGUUGCAAUCUUCAUUUUUCUCAGUUUUGGCUACUGAAACAGUCUACUAGUUCAGUUAGGCAUUUCAUGAAUGAACAUUCUCCAUAAAUCUAUAUCAGGCAUGUCAAGCUCUUUGUCUACUAAGGGCUGCUUAAAUAAAGUAACUUCUGCCUACUUUUACUAUUCUGUGCUUAAGCUUAGGUUAUAUUUUGGGUUGUAAAAGCAUUAGCAUUGGCAGAUGUGUCAGUUCUAGGUGCUUGAAGCUAUUCUCUCUGCAUAAGCGUGACAUGUAUAAUGUAAUGUGUGUUUUGACUUCACUUGCCAAUACAUCAUACCACAUGUGCUUUUGGUUUGGAAUAUCAGGUCUAAUAGAAAUGGGACAGGGUUGCACCACUCAUAGAAGGUUCCCACACUUCAUUAAAAGAAAAUCAGUUAAGAUGGCUAAACCUAGAGUGGUAAAUUAGAGUCUUCACAAAAGUAAAAUUAUCUUGUAGACUGAACAGGCCUACUACAAAUUGUCAUGUUUCUUUGUGGAUGAGUUUUGCCCCCCUUGAGGUGUGAUUCCUUCAGCAUCUGUAAUGUCCCUUUGUUUCAUUGUCAUUAUCUUCAGCUAAAGUAUGUCUCUGUUAUGACGAUCAUCGCCACAAGUAUUUAUAUUUUAAACUGCCAAAAAACUGUAUAUCCACAGUCAAAUUUUGUGUAUGGUGGUAAAAUGUGGACUGGAUAAGCAUCAAUCUGCACUCAUUCUGUUUGCUGGAUUUUCAUUAUUUUCUUCUUGUGUUGAGUGGGAAAUUUUGUAAGUUACGUACUGGAAAGGAUGUGGAAGGAAAUAGUCAUUGCCUGUUUUCUGGUCCCAUGCUAGAAUGACUUUCUCUGUUAGGCCACACUCUUUGUUGUGCUUUAACACCUUGGAAAGCAACCUGACAGCAGAGUGAGAUGGUGUCGACACAUUUUAUGGUCAACAUAUGGAUAUAUCAGUUGAAAUUAUUAUUGUAGUAUGAAAUGUUGUUUAAAACAAAACCAAGUACAAGAAUGAGGACCCAUGCAAGUAUAAAUUGGAAGUGAGAUUUAUAUUUACAAGAUGGAAUUAUUUCCCUAGAGGAAAAUUUAUUGCAUGUCAUUGUUUCUUACACUGUAAUUUGUGAAAGCAGUGUAAAGAUGAAAACUUUAUGACUAGUUGUCAGUAUCUUAUUUAGUGUCUCUGUGUUUGAGUUUAUGUUUAGCCACUAUAUUAACUGCAACAUGCAUGCAUACUUCUUUUUUAUUUAUUUUAUUGAUGGAAGCAGUUUCCACUGAUUUUAUAUCUCUUUAUUGUUGCACAGUUUUAAAUGUGCUAUAUAACAAGAAUGGUACUGGAAUACCAUGUGGUUUCUGUAGAACUGGCUUAUUUUCCUUGUGAUAUGUGGGAACUUCUUAAGCUUUAAAUUUGCUUAGAUUUUGUAAGGAAGCGAAACAGGCAAGAGUUCAUUACAAAUGAAUUUAGUGCAAUAAUAAUGGAGAAUGCUGCAUUUGUUAACUUCAUAUAUUCUUUCCUACUGCAUGAUUUAUUGUCAUUUGAUAAUUUAAUUAGUUUGUGCCAUUCAUUGUUACAUAUAACUAUAGAAUUUAUUACAAGGGUUCAUUCCACGCCGAAAGUGUGGAAAGUAAUUGUUUAAUAAGGACAUUGAGAGCAUUGCAAAUGAGAGCCAUCUACCGCAAAAUAGGUUUAGUCAAUGCAAUUUUAAUUUUGAUAUAACUUGGCAAUAAAUUAAAUGUUGUACCUGUUUUUAUAACAUAUUUAGAUUUGCCUGUAAAAUUUGAUGUUAAAUUUUAGAUAGAUAUAUUACUUGAAUGACACAGGAUUUCAGAGCAAGAAAACUUUUUAAAACUAGUUUAAUUAAUUAUUAAUAGUUUGUCUAUUAUAAGUUCAAUUAAUUUAAUCAGCCUGUAGGUAGUAGUUGUCUUUUACAAAAAGAAAUGAUCAUUUUAGUUUUUGAAUUGUCCAUAAAUAUGUAUUCAGCACAGUUUUGUUGGACAAUUUUUUUGCAUAUUCAAGUUUAGAUAGUUUUCCACAAAUGUUUAUUCCAAAUUGAAACAGAAUUAUCCACAAAAAAGUAUUGCAUCAUGAAGCACUUCACAGGAAAGAAUCCUAAUUGGUAAAUUUUACCAUUAUAUGUCAUUCUGUAUUUGUUGUCAGUCAGAUUUAUUGUCUGUGUUUCAGAACUAUCUGCAGUGUUACAUAGUUGUUGGUCUUGUACUAUACAUUAAUAUCAAAAUACAUUUCAAAGCUUUGGGGCAAGGGUUAUUUUUAUGAAACAUUGUUGGGCUUAAAGUGUCUUGUGCUUUUGAGAGGUAGAUCUUUUUUAAAGUGGGUUUAAAACAAAGUUUUUGGGUGUGACAAGUUUUGGCAAGAAUGGAAUUCUGGUUCUUAAUAUUAAGACUUCUGAAAUACAUUCUUCUACUUUUAGCAAAAUAAAAUAAAUGAUAGGCCACUAUAUCAGUGGAAGUUAAUUGAGUGGAUGUUUUUACCAGUCAUUAAACAUUGGUUGAUUUUUAAUUUAAAUUCAUCGGUCAGUUUAAGAAAUUUGAACCAAAAUAUCAAGUUUUGUUCAUCCAGAAAACUCUUAAAAACAGUAUAUGGUACUAAGCUAUAAAAUACCCAGAAAAUUCUUAAUACUCUUACACAUAAUAGAAGUUUUGAUGAACCAAUAUAAACUAGAAUUAGAUUUUCUGACAAAUUUUGAUACUAAACGCCAUAAAUGUUUUUGGAACUUUAAGUGAAUAGACAUGAUUUCUCUAUUGUGCAUUCACCAAAUUAUGAUAGUUGGAAUUCACUAAAAGUUAGAAGUGAAUUACAAUGGUUUAUUGUGAGAAGUCUCCCUCCCAAAUUAUAUAUUAGCAUAUAUAUGCAAGGAUUCUUGAAUUUAUUAAGAAAUUGUGUAGAUUUAAGUUGCACUCCGUCAGUUUCCAGUUUUAAAACAUAUAAGAGGGAGUCCUUUUCAGUAUUCAUUUUAUUUUUGCAAUUACAGAUUCAUAGUAAUGGAUGUAUUUAAUUAGCCAAUCCUGUUCAUACAGUGCUGCUUUAUUUACAAAAUCAAAUACCUGUCAUGUAUAUGUGUUAUUUUAUUUUUACUUUACAAAUAUGAUUAGUUUCUAAAUACAGUUUAACAGCUUUAUUUUUCUUGUUUACAUUUAAUUGAGAUUGAGGGGUAGAUGACUCUCUUUAAUUUGCCUCAAACUACAGUUGCCUGGAAUUUUGCAUUGUCUGGAUGUUAUAUUUAUUAUAUAUUUUAAAUGGACACAUUAACUUGGCAGAAGUGUAACCAUCAAUAUUUCAGAUAGUGAGUAAGAAAGACACUGUUAAUACACACAUAUGUUAUUCAAAAUUCUACUGAUUUCCAGAAGAAAGUUUAAUAGUAACAUGAUAAAUUUAAAACUCAUCCCAUUGUUUUAAAAGUACAGUAAAACAUGUUUGUUUCUUCAACCUUCAAAAUUGUAUUUUUUUUAUAAAAAAACAUAAAUAUAUGAAUUAUAUUUACUUGUUUUAAUGAAAUUUAUACUGUGAUUUCGUACUAAAAUCUUAUCGACAAAAUCAUACUAACGGACCAUGUUGAGAAUCAGUCAGAAUUAUGUAAGAAUUACAAUGAAAAAUAUUCAGGCAAGAUUUGUAAAAUGUAAUAAAGGAACGUUUUCUGUCAUGAAAUUUCUUUGAUGUUCUGUUUGUGAGAAAAUUUUCAGUACUACCCAAAAUGUAUGUACCUUAGACCAAUUUCUGUCCUAGUCACCAUGUUUUUUUGUGGUGAGAUUAUAUUUUAUUGUGCAUUGGGUAUUAAUAAACCAAACACAAUGAGUUUUAGUCACAACUUGAAGCUACAUUUUAAACCAUAGUUUGAUUUGGGAAUUUUAAUAUCAGUACAUCUCGGUUCCAAAUGUAACUGUCAUUCUGUGUGAAUUCAUCUACUCAAAAUACUUAACAGAAUGAAGUCAAAGCUUUCAAAAUUAUCACAAAAUAUGUGUAAAUGGCCAUUGUUCUCCUGUAAGUAAAUUAUUUAAACUUUCUUCUGCUUACAUUUUACAGUUGUCAGAGUAAAUUAUGAGGUCAUUUUCAAUUUGAUUAGGUUUCAUGGGGGUGAUUAUGGGAAUUUAAAUAUAGCAUGGUACUGUUGCACUGUUAGGAAUUUUAUCUGUAUAAUUUCUUGUGGAGGUCAGAAUAUGCAGUAUGCAAAUUUGAUGUGUAACGGACUUCCAUAAUUUCGGUGAUGUUAUGUAAAAAACACUGACUGUAUUUAGAGUCUCAAUAUUAUCAUUAAGAUCCCAGUCUUUUGCUGUGGUAUAAGGGAGUCUCGUGAUAGAUAUCUAUGCCUUCUGGAGCAUGGGAAAAGUUUAACAUUAUCAUGCUUUGCUUCAUCUUGGCCGUUGAUGCAAUACAAAUAAUUGAUUGACAUUAUUGCUGUUGUUUUAAAGUGCAAAAUGCAUGAUUGUUUCCAGGCACUACUAAUAUGGUUUUGAGGUAUAUAGUAUCCAUAGCUGUGAAUAGAAGGCAGCAUAGUAUAUGCAUGAUGUCACAUGCCAUAUACUGCAUUUUUAUCUUGCAUAGAUACUCUUGAUAAUUCUGUACUGCUUAUUUGUGUGUUGAGCAUAAUUGAAUAAUUUCUAAAUAUGAUGUGCAGUUCUGUCUGGAAUCAUAGCUUUCCUAGCUUGACUUCCUUAUAGUUUGAUGUAUCUGUGUGCAUGGAAUGAUGGAAUUGUUUAUGGCGUUUCUGUCAGUCUUAUUUUGAGAUUUUAUAACAAACGUGGCUGUGGAGGAUAUUUCUGACACUCCCAAAUUUUUUAUGCUAAUAGUUUUUUUAUACAGUGCACAUUAAUUUUCAUUUCAUAAGCUGCUGUUUUGGACAUUAUGUAUUUAUUAUAAUAGUUGUGAUCAGAGUGGCAGUAUAAUUUUUUUUGUAUAUAAUGUUUUCCUGAAAGGAUUUUUUUAUUUGUUUGGUUUAUGAAAAGUUAUAGCAUAUUUUUUAUUAUUAGGUGUGAUUUAGAAUUAAAACAAAUGUGUUGACAGCAAUUAAAGAGUUUUUUGUUGUUCCGUAUACAUUAAUGUUAUGUCUGUCGUUGCCAGCGAGAUGAUUUUAAUCUUGCAGGGCAUUCCACAAAGACAUUUGAUUGCACUACAUGGCAGUCAUCACAGUGCACUGGGAAAAGCUUGUUUGCAGGAAGUUCUUUUUAUACAACUCUUUUCCAAUUACUACUACUGAUGUUUUGGAAUUGCACUUAGUUGAACUGGAGUUUUCUGCUACUUCAUUGGAGAGUCUAUACAUGACAAUUCUGUGCAGCUCUCUAUACUCAUGUCUGUGUUUCACUGUUUUAGUGUGUGUAUGUGUGUUUUUUAAAGAUAGAUUUAAUGAUUAAUUUUACUUACAUAAAUGUAUACAUAUAUAUAUACACACACAUACAGAGCGAUACGAAAGUGCAUGCAUGCAGUUGUUGAUGCAGUUCCCAAAUGUAUUGAACUGAUAGCUCUCUGUGAUAGUUAGUGCCUCCUCUCACACAGAAAGGAGGCCAUAGUGUAACUUUCAAUCUCGUAUUGGUGCUGAAGGAUAUUGACCAUGUAUAUACUGUGUAUAGUAAGUAAUAGUCAAUUUGACACCAAUUUUUCUAAAUUUGUUUGUAGCAAAAUGUGUGACAGUUGAUUAGAACAAAGUUUUGAAAGGGAAUCAUUUGAUGAUUCCGUAACUUUUACUUAUACUGUAAAUUUGGAGUGAAAUGUGUUUUGGAUUUUUGUUCUUUAUGUGUGUGCAGGAAUUAUUUCCUGCAUUAUGACGAAGUGUAAUCCAUGAUCAUUAAAUAUGUUUUGAUGUGUGAA